UUUUCAUAAAUAGUACAAUAUUUGAACAGUACCACAUUUUAAAUAUGGCGGAUAAUACAUUACCAAUUUCGCUCGUUAGCGAAUCUUCUGAUAAAUUGGGAUCCAAAUGUUUUCACUUAUCUUCUUCAUCUCCAUUGAAAUGGAAGCUUCACCCCGUCGUAGUUUUUACCAUUUUGGACUCGUAUAUGCGACGUGAAGAGGGCCAGCAUAACAUUAUUGGCACACUUUUGGGUGUGAUAUGUGAGGGCAACGUUGUAGAGAUUACCGACUGCUUCGUGGAUCGACACUCGCUUACAGAAGAGGGUCUGUUGCAAAUUAUCAAAGAUCAUCAUGAGAACAUGUAUGACCUAAAGCAGAAGGUAAACCCCAAGGAGCAGGUGGUUGGGUGGUUUAGCACUGGCGGUGAGAUGACGGAGCUUACUUGCGCAGUUCAUGGAUGGUUCAAGCAAUUCAACACAGUAUCGAAGUUCUAUCCACAACCAAACUUAUAUGAGCCUAUCCACCUUUUGGUGGAUGCAACGUGCGACUCGGGGUCAAUGAGUAUAAAGGCAUAUGUGCAACUGCCUUUGAAUUUGACCAAGGAGGCAUGCUUCCAGUUCCAUGAGGUGGAUCUUGAACUUAUGAUAUCUCCAAGCGAGUCCGUUGGUGUAUCUACUCUUUUAAAAUCCAUUGAGAGCGCGAAACAUCGCAAAUUUGAUCGCAUGAGGAAGACUUCAACUUUCGAUCUGUCUCUAUCAAAACUUUCCGAAUUGAUUGAUUUGUGUAUUGAGCGUGUGGAGGCUGCAAUCGCUGGUAAUAAGGAUGCAACUAUAGAUCCAGAAUUGGGUCGUUUUUUGCUGAAAGCGACUACGACUGACAGUAUUAUAAGCCAGGCAAAACUGGAGAAAUUAUCAGCCCUCGCCUUGCAAGACAAUCUGAUGAUCGCCUACCUAUCGAAUUUGGCAAACUUACAAUUUGCUCUUGCUGAGCAUUUGAAUGCCUCAUUCUGAUCCUUUCCAUCGCAGCUCGGCACAUUUUAGCAUUCGAUAAUAUUCAUGAGCGCUGCAAAUCUAUACAUCGGGAUGGUA